AUGAAUAUUUUCAGUGCAUCUCUGCAAACUCUCUCAGAUUCCAAGAAUGCUGUUCGACUGGCAGAUUUUGAUAAGAGCGUCAAGUGGGCUGGAGAUCCAGAGGAAAUCAAGAGAGAUCUAGAGGCCCUUGGACUGCUGGUACUAUAUGUGGUAAGGAAGGGAGACAUCCCUUUUGAGAAGUUGAAGGCUCAAAGUAAUGAAGAGGUGGUUCGACUUUCUCCAGAUGAGGAAACUAAGGACCUUAUUGGUCACCUGUUCCACCCUGGGGAAAAUGUGACGGACCAUCUGAAUGACCUGCUGGGUCACCCCUUCUUUUGGACUUGGGAGAGCCGCUACAGGACACUUCGGAAUGUGGGAAAUGAAUCCGACAUCAAAAAGCGAAACCAUAAAAGCGAGAUCUUCAAACUACUGCAACCUGGGCCAUCUGAACCUCCCAGAAGUUUUGCCCAGUGGAGAACUAAGAUUAAUGAAUAUGUUAUGAGAGAAAUGGAGAAGUUCUAUGUAAAAAGAGGCAAUUACUACCAGAACACUGUGGGUGAUCUGCUAAAGUUCAUCCGGAAUAUAGGAGAACACAUUAAUGAAGAAAGGAAUAAAAAGUAA